AUGAUGCCGGAUCCCCAAAUCCGUACCACUACCAGAAAUCGUAAUCGUCCUCGGCGUCUCUCCGCCUGCCACCGUCACCCUAGUGAACCCGUGACGGGGUUCUGUGCAUUGUGCCUACGAGACCGUCUUGCCGGUUUAGAUUCAUCUGCUGCUGAAGCUGAAGUUGAGAAGGUAGCCGUUUGUAGCCGCCGUACCAGAGGCCACGCGGGUGCUUCUUCGUCCACGGCUGCUCCGGGGCUGCGACGGAGCAAGUCUGUUGCUGCUGAGAAAGGCGAGAGUUUGAACGGUUUGGUUACGGAUCAACGGAGAAAGUCGUGUGAUGUAAGAGGUCGUAGUACUCUCUCGGAUCUGUUCGUCGUCGAUGAUACGAAGAAAGGAGGAGGUGGUGUUGCGAGGGUCGAAUCGAGGAAUUUAGGGUUCUCGAGCUUUGCAGAGCCGGUGUUGGAGACGAAGGAAGAUGAAGAAGACGACGACGAAGAAGAACACGAUGACGAUGACGAUGACGAUAACAAUGGAAUUAGGGUUUCUGGUGAUGUUUUUGUGCGAAAUGAAGUUGAUGAUGAUGGCGACAUUGAAGAAGGGGAUCUGAAGACGAUGAAGGAGUUCAUUGAUAUCGAAUUGCAGAACAAGAGGAGGAAUUUUUGGGAAACAGCUUCUGUGUUCAGUCAGAAGUUACGAAAAUGGAGACAAAAACAGAAGCAAAAGAAGCAAAACAGAGACUGCAAUGGCGGAACCGACAUUGAUAGGUCGAAAUUAGGGCAAUUCAGAGAUACCCAAUCUGAGGUAGCAGACUACGGAUUAGGUCGUCGAUCUUGCGAUACAGAACCCAGGUUUUCAAUCGAUGCUCAUAGACUGUCUGUUGAAGAUCCAAGAUUUUCCUUUGAUGAACACAGAUCCUCUUGGGAUGGAUACAUGAUCGCAAGAACAAUUCCUCGCCUUACACCAAUGCUGUCCAUUGUCGACAGCAUGAUCAUACCUCCUCCUGUAAACAGGGGCACAACUACCACCAUGGAAAACCUGCAAAUGCAUUCCAUAAGUGAAGAUGGAGCUAGUUCUGGUCAGUCUAACUCUAAUUCAGACGCGUCUACAUCAAAUAGAGGAAGCAGUUCAAGCUCCAUGAAGAGUUUCAGCACCAAAACAACCGGAUUAGGAGGAGAUGAAGUGAAAUCCGCCUCAAAUGCCAGAGUAUCACCUGCAAACGAUGUUAUCUUCCAAGGAACAAAGCUGGUGAUCACCGAAAACGAAUUAAAAGAUUGGCAUUUGAAAUCAACCAAGAACAGCAACAUUGCAUCUGUAUCUGUUUCAAACACACCGAUUUCAACAUCAGUCAACAACUCAUCAAACACGCAUAAAAAGGCAAUACCAAGUAAAUGGAGAAAGGUGUGUAAUCUAUGGAGUCACAAGAAGAACUUAGAAGAAAUUCCAGAAAAUGUGAAUUCAAAUCCAAAACUUGAUCGAAACACAAAUUCUAUGAAUUCAAGAAACUUUGUGUUGGAUAGGAACAGGAGCACAAGAAGGAGUAAAUCUGGAAAAAGCAGCAGCAGGGGAAGAAACAUGUCCCCAUCAAUGGCUUCCAAUAAUUUUCAGCUGAAUUAA